GUCAGAGAAAAAGCUCCCAUGAAAAUGUAUGUCAUCUCUACCCUGCGUGAAUUGAUGUAAAUUUCAUCUAGACAUUUGAUGCAAACUGGUCUAUAUCCCAUGAAAAAGGUCUAUGUUCUUCCAUCUCAUGUGUACUGCCGGCGCAUUUGCUUGGAAGAGGUGGUUCGGGCUCUCCGCGUGAUGCGUAAUGGGAGAGCUGUGGGACCAGAUGAGAUUCCAGUGGAGUUUUGGAAGCAUGCGGGUCGUGAUGCGUGGGUUUGGUUAACCAAACUCUUCAAUGUUAUCCUCCGAACAGCAUGGAUGCCUGAUGAGUGGAGGGAGAGUCUCUUGGUCCCUCUGUUUAAAGGCAAAGAGGCCAUUCAUCUCGUGAGGAGGUUAAUGGAAGAGUAUAGGGCUAGGAAGAAGGACCUUCAUAUGGUGUUUAUUGACCUUGAGAAGGCGUAUGAUAGGGUACCAAGGGAGGUCGUAUGGAGGUGCCUUGAGGCGAGAGGAGUUCCCAUCAUGUACACUCGCGCGAUCAAGGAUAUGUACGAUGGGGCUAUGACCAAGGUAAGGACUUUUGGGGGCGUCUCAGAUUCCUUCUCGGUAGGGAUGGGGUUACACCAAGGGUCUGCUCUUAGCCCUUUUUUGUUCGCCUUGGUGAUGGACGUCCUAACUCAAGGUGUUCAAGACGGGGUCCCAUGGUGCAUGCUUUUCGCGGAUGAUAUUGUGCUUAUUGACGACACGCGAGAGGGACUAAACGAUAAGUUGGAAUUAUGGCGCCUUGCCCUUGAGACUAAAGGAUUCAGAAUAAGUAGGAAUAAGACUGAAUACAUGGAAUGUCGUUUCAGCGGCCGGGAUACAGAAUCAGAGGUGGAAGUCAAGAUUGACUCUCACCUAGUACCUAAGGUAGACAGGUUUCGUUAUCUUGGCUCGGUAAUUCAGGCGGAUGGGGAGUUAGAUGCGGAUGUUGGACAUCGGGUUGGAGUGGCUUGGGCCAAAUGGCGGUUAGCCUCAGGGGUGUUGUGUGAUCCGAAGAUUUCGCCUAGAAUGAAA